AUGGCAGAGCGUAGAGUCGCUGUCAUGAGGCUGAAAGAAGAUCUUGCAAGGCUGCGCAAUGACACAGUUGCAGCUCGCGAAGAAGAACUCCGGCUGAAGACUCAGGCUGCAUCCGAGACGUUGCUCGGGGGAAAGCGGCGGGAGGCUCUUAUGGGCCAGCAGCAGGAGCUGCGAGCCAAGCUGGAGGAGUUUGCCAGGAGCACGGAUGUACACAAAGCCAGCGCAAGAGAGUGGCAAGAGGAACUGGAGUCUCUUGAGCGCCACCAGGCCCUUGCUGUCGAACAAGUUCAGACUUUGGAAAAGGCGAACGGGCGUCUGAGAGAGGUGGCAGCCGAGCACGCGCUGCACCUCGCCAGGGCCGAGGCUCGAGUGAAAAGGUUUGAAGCCAGGCGCUCUCAGACGAAGGCAGAGGUUGUGAAGCUCCAGCAGCAACUGUCGAAACAGGCCGAGACAACGAAUGUCUGCACCACGGUUGAUGGACCAAGCAAGACAGAAGCGACUGAAAGGGCCGCCUCCAUCAUUGCACACCAGCACCACUCAAGAGUGGCCAAUUCCAAGAAGGAACGCGCUGGUUCAUCGAAAGCAGCGAGGGCGAAACAGAUGUGCAAUGGAACACAGCGAAGCAACAAGCCUAACAGAAAAGAAAGUGAAGAAGCGGAAGAAGUUUGGGGACUUGAGCAGAAGUGGCAGGUCACCCUGCUUUUCUUACUGGUCUUGGUGAUUGCGCUGGGUCCAUACUUGAUCGCCCAGCUGUUAGACAGAAGUUGA